AAAGCGGAACAGACGACGCUGUCGGAUGGCCACGACGACGUCGAGGCCGACGCCGACGCCGAGGCCGACGACGACGCCGAACGACUCGACCGGAACUUGAGUCUGAAGCGGAGAUAACCGCUCCCGUCUCGAUCUCGAGUCGUUUAUUGGAGCAACAGGAGCGCCCGGAGAAAUCACGUCCGGUAAUCGCAUCGGCCGCCUCGAAGGCUCCCUCGAGAAUUCCCAAUCUUCUUCCGACUGGCGUCCGCUCGUCCGAUAAAUAAGAAGGAAGAAAAAACUCGACACAAGAACCCGAGGAAGCAUCGAGAAAGCAACAGAGAGAGAGAGAGAGAGAGAGAGAGAGAGAGAGAGAGAGAGAAGAGAAAGAAAAAGAGAAAAAAGAAAAAAAGAAGAGAAGCAUCCGGGGUGAUAGGAAAACGAUCGGGAGAUCAGUACCAACUCCCCUGAGAGCUCUUCGGCCUCUUCGUUUCACUUCGAAGGGAUGUCUACUAUGGUCAAGUGUGCGUCGCGCGAUCGACGAGAUCGACGAAACGACGGACAGUCCCGUUUAACACCGUCGAGUUCGCAAAUCCGUGGCAUCGAAGGACACUCCCGGUCGCCUGCGUCCUCGUCACAAACAACUCUGACGAGCACACGCUUGAAGAGACGACAUGUCGUACGUCCCGCGAGAUCGUAGACCGGGGUGAAUCACUGAAGAACCGACGAAGCUUUGCGUCGAAGAAGACACGGAAAGUGUCACAGGUGCGUGUGUGACACGCGUGAAAGGCGACAGUCGCGAAGACACCCGCGGGGAGGACGACUUAGAGUCGUCGCCGUGUCUAGAGACCGUGUCGAGAGGACGAGAACGCGCGCAGCGUUCUCAGUAGCCACUUAAGAUGCACCAGUGUGCGCCUUGGUCAUUGCUGCUCCUGAUCACGCUGCAGCGAUUGCCGGUGCAGUCGAGGAUACACAGCGAGCGGGAGGCAGUGUUGAUACCGGGUGACAUCGUGUUGGGCGGAUUGUUCCCCGUGCACGAGAAGGGUGGCAGCAGUGCCUGCGGGCCCAGCAUCUAUCACCGCGGCGUGCAGCGUUUGGAGGCGAUGCUGUUCGCCGUCGAUCAGAUUAAUCGCAAGAACAACAUACUGCCGGGCGUCACGCUGGGCGUGCACAUCCUCGACACGUGCGGUCGCGACACAUACGCGCUCAAUCAGAGCCUGCACUUCGUGCGCGCCUCGCUCUCCAAUAUUGACAUCAGCGUGCUGGAAUGCGCGGACAAGUCGACGCCGAGGGUGAAGCGGACCGCCAACGCGGGACCCAUCUUCGGGGUGAUUGGUGGCUCCUACAGCUCGGUGUCGCUACAGGUGGCGAAUCUGCUGAGGCUUUUCCACAUACCACAGAUUUCACCGGCCUCCACGGCGAAAGCGCUCAGCGACAAGACCAGGUUCGACUACUUCGCGCGGACGGUGCCGCCGGACACGUACCAGUCGAUCGCGCUGGUGGACGUGGUGAAGAGCGCCAACUGGUCGUACGUCUCCACGGUGUACUCCGAGGGUAGCUACGGCGAAUACGGCAUCGAGGUGUUCACGCGUGAGGCCACCGAGCGAAACGUGUGCAUCGCUGCGGCACUGAAGGUGCCGAGUGCCGCGGACGACAAGGUGUUCGACGACAUCAUCCAGCGACUGAACAAGAAACCAAACGCUCGCACGAUCGUCUUGUUCACCCGCGCGGAGGACGCCCGCGGCAUCCUCGAGGCGGCCAGGCGAUCGAACCUUAGUCAAUCGUUCCAGUGGCUGGCCAGCGACGGCUGGGGUCGACAAAGCAAACUCGUGGAGGGUUUGGAAGAAGAAGCGGAAGGCGCCAUCACUGUGGAGCUGCAGUCGGAAAACAUCCCCGGCUUCGACGAGUACAUGGCGUCGCUUACUCCCGAGAACAACCGGCGGAACCCUUGGUUCGGCGAGUACUGGGAGGAGGUGUUCGGCUGUAUCUUGCGGAAGAACUCGCCCAGUAUAGAGCGCAUCAGCCAGCAGAGUGUCAUCGGUGGUUCACGGGGUAAUUUGUUGAACCAAAGCUCCGUGUGCUCGCCCAAGCUCAGGUUGACCGCUGCGAGCGGCUAUGAGCAGGAGUCGAAGGUGCAGUUCGUUGUGGACGCGGUGUACGCGUUCGCCUUGGCGCUCAACAACCUGCGCAACGACCUCUGCGGCCGUAGCGAAGGCCUGUGCGCGCCGAUGACCAACUACGACCGCGGCGCGUUCUAUAGGAAUUAUCUGCUGAACGUGUCCUUUGUGGACUCCGCCGGCAGCGAGGUGAAGUUCGACGAGCACGGUGACGGUCUGGCGAGAUACGAGAUUCUCAAUUUCCGAAAGGCGACGAGUCACAAUGGGGCAAACGGCUAUCACUAUCGGGUGGUGGGCAAGUGGUACAAUUCCCUGGACAUUCGCACCGAGGAGAUGGUGUGGGCGCGGGGCACGAAGGACAUACCGAUCUCCGCGUGCUCCUUGCCCUGCGAGCCAGGUAUGAUAAAGAAGCAACAGGGUGACACUUGUUGCUGGGUGUGCGACCAAUGCGAGGCAUACGAGUUCGUCUACGACGAGUACACCUGCAUGGACUGCGGCCCGGGCUUCUGGCCGCACCCCGACAAGAGGGGGUGCUACCAGCUGCCGAUCAAGCAUAUCAGAUGGACCAGCGCUUUCGCCAUCGCCCCGGCGGUGAUCUCCUGCUUAGGCAUCGUGGCGACCCUGGCGGUGGCCUGCUUGCUCUUCCAGCAUCGAGACACCCCUGUGGUGAGAGCUUCCGGACGAGAACUGACCGUGAUCCUGUUAGCGGGAGUGCUCGUCUGCUACUUAAACACCUUCCUGCUGCUCGCUACGCCGACUACGGCGACCUGUGUGCUUCAGCGCUUCGGCGUUGGCGUCAGCUUUAGUGCCGUUUAUGGCGCCUUGCUCACCAAGACCAACAGGAUCGCCAGGAUCUUCGAUUCUGCCUCAAGGUCCGCCGUCAGGCCGCGAUACAUCAGUCCCACCUCGCAGGUUUGCAUCGCGGCCGCGCUGAUCGCCUUUCAGGUGGUGCUCACGCUGGUCUGGAUGAUCAUCGAGCCACCCGGCACCAGGUUCUCCUACCCUGACCGCCGGCAGGUGAUCCUCAAGUGCAACAUCCAGGACAUGAGCUUCCUGUUCUCCCAGCUAUACAACGCCAUCCUGAUCCUCAUCUCGACCAUCUACGCGGUGAAGACGCGCAAGAUCCCCGAGAACUUCAACGAGAGCAAGUUCAUCGGCUUCACCAUGUACACCACAUGCAUCAUCUGGUUGGCCUUCGUGCCGAUCUACUUUGGCACCGGGAACGCGCACGAGACGCAAAUCACGACGCUCUGCGUGGCAAUCAGCCUGAGCGCGUCCGUUACCCUGGUUUGCCUCUAUUCGCCCAAGGUCUACCUCAUCGCCUUCCAGCCGGACAAGAAUAUCCGCGGCAAGGUCUACAUGGGCAGCACGUUCAAGAAGCAGAGCAGCGGCGCGGACGCAGGCUGCGAAUUGGCGACGAGCGAGAACGUGCCGUUACAGAGCGCCCUGACAGCGGCGGUGCGAACGUCCGUGGGGGUCACCGAGAUUUCGCUGACAUCUAGUACGACCAGCAAGACGAAUAACGAGCAAGUGGCACAAUUGUAGAUUCAUAGUGUUUGUAGACAAACACCACGGCCUUCGAACGGAAUCGACAAUUGAACGCUAAUGCGCGUUUGCCUGUGUGGAGACAACACAAUAUUAUAGCGAGGACUUUGAGCUCCUCGAUUCGCGGUUACCGUUAUCGUUCACAAUUACUGUCAAUCGAAAAGAAGAAGAGAGAAAAUGUGUAAGGGAGAGAAAGAUAGAGAGUGUGCGUGUGUAUAUGUGUAUUAGAGAGAAAGAAAGAGAGAGAAAGAAAAACGUCUAAAUCAUAAAUCGUUAUCACAAUCGCUGUUGUCGUUAUUGUUAUUAUUGUCUUUGCGCAUAAAGUACACGCGCGUAUCUACGUAACAAACGCACAGAGAUACGUAACACACAUACAAAACACAGACACACAGUCACAUAUACACGUGUGUGUGCGUGCAUUUAUCGGGCAAAUAUAUUACCGAGUGAACCACUAAUUCUAGUCAAGCACCUCAUCCGAUAAAUAUUGACUUCCAUUAAGCGUGUAAGUGUAAUUUCGCGUUAUACUCCCUCUUCUCUCUUUAUUUUCUUUUUUUUUUAAUGUUCACAAUCCAUAGGUAACGGUCAUUUAAACGUCCCACGAGAGCGCCUUUUGACGAGAUAAUCGUACACAGUGGACAAUAAAUAAAUCGACUUAAAGCAAGCGUGCAAUUAUAUCGGAGCAAUCCUCCCCCGGAAUAUCGUUAAUUACACGACGAGACAUUGUUUUAAUUAAAUGAUUAUCAAGCCCCCUCUCUCUCCCCCCCUUUUCUUACCUAAUACUGUAAGAGGAAUGUUAUUAUUGUAUCGGCGAUUAAAUCGCCCGACUCCUCUCAUCCCCCUCUCCCCACGGCCGCCGAAGCCAAAGCGAGGUACAAAGGAAAAAUGAAUAUCUUUUCUAUUAUAAUGAGCGCGAUAAAGAGAGAGAAAGAGAAAGACGUAGAUCGGGCAUGAAAUAAAAUAAUUGUUGAAUAGCGCGCCGAGUGCGAUUCAUUUCGACCCGCUGUCCGUACGUCCGUCCGUAAUCGAUCCCGAAAAUUCAAUCCGAUAACUAUGGAUCUGUUUUCUAUUGCUGAACUAGCUGCACUAGUUCUCUCUCAUCUUUCUUCCACCAAGUUUUAUCUGUAUAUUUGUCUCUUUUUAAGUUCUCUUUUUAAGUUUUAAAAUGCACACUAGUUCAGCAAUAGAAAACGUGUGAAAAAAUUAGACUUAGACUUACUUGUAAA